AAUGUGCUCUGGAGAGAACGCGGGCUUCUCCAAGGGCGGAGAGAGCCCCUACACACACCCCAGCACUAGACACGAAAGCACAAAAGUACACAUCUCAAGAGAGGAGAUGCGGGAAACACAUGUGCUCGGGCACUACAUGUGCUCGGCCACGUGUGCACAAGCAGCACAUAGGCUCAGGCAGCAUAUGCGUGCCCUUUGUUCAAGGUGUCUUUAUAAAAGACUCUUCUUGGGUUAUCUUGAUUCAGAAGUUCUGGAGUCUUCAGGAGCUGAAUCACUAAAGUCAAUCGGAUUAAAGGAGAGGUUUUAGGAUUUUCGAGGAAAGAAACUUCAUGGGGAGGGGUCCAAUUUCCUCAGGGUCUGCUGGAGGUCUUAUCAGGUCUGUUUUCUGUAUCAACAGGGUGGAUCAGUCUUAGGAUUUUCCUCCCAAGAAGUUCUGUUUCCCUGUCUACCUGCCUACAUCAAGGGGAUCCCAGAGGUUAUUGGGGAUUGAACCAGAGUAUGCAAGGCAAAAGCCCUAUCAGUUGUACUACCCCUCAGGCACCACUGAUGAAUUCAUGUUUACUGAGUUGGUUUAAGGUGAAGAGCAGUGUGCUACUGUAUUCACUGCAAGCAACCCUGUGCUCCCAGUUAUUUAAAAUUCAGGGCUGGAGCAAUAGUGAAUGGUGGGGGAUAGAGGGGGUACUUGCCCUGCACACAGUGGACCUGGAUUUUGAUGUGUGGAAUCUGCUACAUUUCCUUGGUCACCUCCAAGAGUGAGUCCUGAGAGCAGAGUUAAGAGUAAGCCCUGAGCACGGCCCACUGUACCCCCCUCUCUCCCAGAGAAUUCUGAGAAGUGUCCCUGGUGCCCACUGCCCCAUUCCCAACACAGAAAAAUGUGUGAGGAAGCUGUGAUUCUUCACGUUCUGAUUCGCACUUGGAGACCAGGAGCUGGAGGGAUUUUCUCCCCAAUGGGCUGGGCAUCUAGAUUUUCCCAGGCACCACUGAUUAAGUGAGCAGGGAGUCUUUGGUUUUAUUUUGGGUUUUUUUGUGGGGGGCCAUACCUGGUUCUGUGGUCAGAGAUAACUCCUGGCGUGGAUCUCGUUGGGAGGGUGCCGAGGCUCCAACUCAGGUCAGCUGUGUGCAAGGCAAAGGCCGCCCUGCUGUGGGGUGGGAUCUCACCAGCCUCUAGCUGAACGUGUUUGGAUGUUUUCCUGGGCAUUAUGCUUUAUGCUUUAUGCCUUAUUCCUUAUACCUUCUGCUACCUGAGAUCAGGAAGGCCUUGGAAGGAUGUGAGCUAGUGGGAGCGAAAGGGUUAUCUUAGAUGCAUCUGAUUGGCUCUUUUCAUCUCACCGACCCUCACCGUCAUCCAAUCAGAAGUAGAGAAUGGGCGGCUGGGGGCGGGAAGAUAAUCGGAAGAAGGUUCCAGCCCUGAACUUUCUCUUGACUCCCUGAGCUCUGCCCCGCGUGACCUCUGGACCCACUGGGCCAUCAGGUCCUGGGCAGAGGCGCUAAGACAGACAGAUUCCAGAUCAUGGAACGCUGCUAGGAGUACGAAGAUGGCCUAGAAGUUAGACCAGGCGGGCAGGAAGAAGUAAUCGGGACCAGGAACCCAAACGUAAAAUACUUUUUUUGUUUUGAUGGUUUUCACCAGAGCUGGCAAUGUUCAGGGUUUACUCCUCACCCUGCACUUAGGAAUCACUCCUGGCAGUACUCAGUGAGUUUGGAAGCUUCUCCAAGAAGUUUCUUCAUAACAACAGAGCUGCUGUGCCCUGACUUCUGACCUGCUCAGAAAGAUGGAGUCAGUAUGCUUUGAUGAUGUGGCCGUGAACUUCACCCGGGCCGAGUGGGCUUUGCUGGAUCCUGCCCAGAGGCGCCUAUACAGAGACGUGAUGCAGGAGGCCUGCAGGCACCUGGCCUUCGUGGAAGGCUUUUCUCAACAAAAAGCAAGUGGUGCUCUUGGAUGUGUGUUGGAGAAUAAGUUGUUCAGUGAAGACAGCACUGUGAGAUUCAUAAGCAAUGAUUCCUGGAAUGGAUUUGGAGAGAAACAGAUGUUCCCUGAUGCUAGUGACCAGCAGCCACUGCAGAGGAGGCGACAGAAACGCCUCCUGCCAGACAGUCUCGGUGACAGUCACGGAGCUCCUGCAGGAGCUGGAGGAACCCCAAGGCAGACUGGAAGCCUCCCUGCACUCCAAAGUCCUGUUGCCGCCUCUUCUGCAGAAUGUUCUUCCCCCCAGCACCCCCCAGCACUUCCUUAUGGCUCUCCUCCAGGUGACCUGACUCAGGGGGGUGUCUGCUGCCCAGCUACCCAGAGGACCCCCUCUCCCAACCCAGGUUCCCUCAUGCGACGCCCUCGGCGGGGCGCUGGCACCUGGAGCCCAACAUCCCACGAAUGCAAAGUUUGUGGGGAGACCUUCAGUGCCGCCAACCUGCUGACGCGUCACAUCAGGGAGCACCACGAGGAGACGCCAUACGUGUGUGAGCUCUGCGGGAAGGGCUUCCGCUUCCCCACGUACCUGCAGGCUCACGCCAAGACCCACUCUGACCUCGGGAAGCCCUUUAAGUGCCCCGAGUGCCCCCUGAGGUUCAGGUACUCCUGUAAGCUGCGCAUCCACGCUAAGGUGCACUCGGGAGUCAGGCCUUUCGCCUGCGAACAGUGUGGGAAAAGUUUCAGGACUCGCUCGGAGUUGCGUCAGCAUAGCCGGACCCACACUGGGGAGAGGCCGUAUGACUGCCCCAAGUGCGGGAAGGCGUUCCGGGAGAGUGGCGCAAGGACCAAGCACAUGCGCAUCCACACGGGCGAGCGGCCCUACACGUGCCCACAGUGCGGGAAAGGUUUCCGCAGCCCGGACACCCUCCAGGUCCACCUAGUGACCCACACGACCCAGAGUCCUUUUCAGUGUCCUGAGUGCGGUAAGGCCUACCGCUUCCGCUCCUACUUCAGAGGCCACUUGCAGACUCACCAGACGACCCAGCACCUCACCUGCGGGGAGUGUGGUAGAGUCUUCAGCCACCCCCAGAACUUCCGCCGACAUGUCAGGAGGCAUUUUGAGGAGAAGCCGUUCGUGUGCCACUGCGGGCAGGGGUUUGGUCGGGCUUCAGCCCUGCACACGCAUGUGCGCCGAACCCACGCCAGGGAGAAGCACUAAACCCAUCUCCCGCCCUAUGCUGGGAUAGUCACUUGGUCUUCUGCCAAUCUGUGGGGAAAGAAACCUCGGGGUCUCAAGAGUGUGUGGGGUGCAACCCCGUGCCUCUAUUUCUUAUCCCCAAAAAACUUAGUGGAAAGCCAUUUCUUUCUUAAAUCAUAUUGGGGCUACAACUGAUAAUUCUAAGGAAGAAUGUGAGGUUCUGCUCCCAGGAAUCAGUCCUGGUGGUUCUAAGGGGAUCCUGUGGGAUGCCCGAAUCAAACCUGGGUCAGCCACAUGUAAGGCUAGUAGUGCCCUACCUGCUAUUGUGAUAGCCCUAUGGAUAUUGUUAUCUCGCUACUGUGAGAUCAUUUGUGACUUGUGGAUCCUCAGGAGAGAGCCUAGUGGGGAAUUAUAUUUGAGUGACCUUAUGUUUCUUGUGUUUAUAUUUGAUUGGAGCCCACACCCAGUGCUGCUCCAGGCAUAUUCCUGGCUCUGCUCUCAGCGAUCAAUCUUUGGACCACGGGGGACCCUGUGAUAUGUCCUGGGUCCCAUUCGGGUCAGCUGCUGCAUGGCCAGUGCUUUCAUCUUUACUAUGACUCCAGCUCUGAAAUUCUAUUUUAUUUUAGCUGCUGUGUGAUUUCCACAACUGUUUCAGCAGUCAUCAAGCAAUUCAGGUAUUUUCUUUCUUCCUUUCUUUCUCUCUUUCUUUCUUUCUUUCUUUCUUUUUUUUUUUAUGGACAUGGAUUGAUAUUCAGGGCUUCCUCCUGGUCCUGCAGUCAGAGGUAACUCUGGUGGUGCUUGGGGACCCUACGGGAUGCUGCAUAUAGAAACUGGGUUGGCUGCAUACAAGCUUGGUUCCCUGCCCACUGUCUUAUUGCUCCGGCAACACUGAUGGAGGCAAAGCCGGCACUGACCACAGUGAAGAUGCCCGAAGCACAGCCAACCAAAGAGCAGCCCUGAGAGGCCAGGACGAUGUUCUGCUACAGGACCCAGACAAGGAAAAGUGCCAGCAGCUGAGGCAGACCAGACAGGUGGCGAGGAUUGGUGUUUAUUCAACACCCUGAGUGCGAUCUCUUCACAGAUCUGGGCUUCGAAGAACCUCGUUUUUCUUCUCUCACAAUCUCGGUUAAGUCAGUGCUUUGGUCACCUUGGUAAACAUUGGUGGCUGGUCAAUUGGACAAUAAUCCUCUUAGCUGCUUAGACCUGUGCAUCUGCUUAACCUACUGUGUGAGUGUUUAGAGACCUUAGUGACUACAAUAAAUGUCCAUUAAU